UAUGUCGCAUGAUCGAUUUGUAGGCGAUUUGAGGUUAUGUUUACCGUACUUACUCUCCUCAGUAUUCAUUUACUAACUCAUCAUAUUUAAUAAUUUGAAGAUUUUCGUAUUUUCAUUCUUAAUGGUUCAAUAGGAUCCAACAUAAAUUUGAAUAAUAGAAGAAGAUCUCUAACAUGAGUAAUAGCGACAGUGAUCAAGAUGAAAGAACCACCAUCAGGGAGGAAUUAUCAUCAUUAUCGUUUGAAGAACUUCAAAAACUAAAGGAACGCAUUGGAGCCAAACUGUAUAAGGAGGCCUUAUUUGGAAAGGAUGACAGUAAGAAGGACAACAGCCCAAAAGUUUUUAAAAGAGAAAAUAAAAAUAGGCCCCGAGAAAUGAGUUCAAAAAAGCCUGUUCCAAUGCUCCUUGAUGUUCCGAAGGUGAAGAAGAGGGAAGUGAGAGAUCCCAGAUUUGAUCCUUUAUGUGGGGAAUUUGACAAGAAACAAUUCUCCGAAAACUACAACUUUCUAUCUGAGAUGCGCAUUAAAGACAUCAAGGCAAUCCGUGCGGAAUUAAAAGAGACUUCGGACCCAGAGAAACAGAAGCAACUGCGACGGCUGCUGCAGAGGUUGAACGACCAGCACAAGGCGACGAGGAGGAAGAAGAUUGAGGAUGUUGAGGCAGCAAUGGAGAAGAAACAAGUUGAGCAACAAUUUAAGGAGGGAAGGCAGCCUCAUUUCAAGAAUAAAUCUGAACGUCGUGUAGAAGCCCUCGUAAAACAAUAUGAGGAGCUUAAGAAGGAAGGAGCGGGCAGGAUUCAGAGGCACCUGAAACGGAGGCAGCAGAAGCUGAAGAAAAGAUCCCACAAGGCGCCCACCGGGGUCAGCUGAUUAUGCCCCUAUUUUUUAUAAGUUAAGUUUUUUGCAU